GUUCUCCGCCCUCUUCCGCGCGUUGCACGCUGGGUCCUCGCGAGCAGCGCUGCGGCGUGAGUGCGGCCUAGUCCGUGAAUCAGAGACCCGCCUCACAGGAGAACCUAACGACGGAGUCCCAGAGCCGAGAGGAACGCCGAACUUUCCCGCCGGUGACUCGUAGAGCCUCAGUGAAGACAAGAAUCGCUCAGUCCUCUGUAAAGUCAGGCGGCCCCAUCCUAGCCGGGGUUGCUUUUGCAGUUAUGUCUUACCCACCGCAUCUAAAUCGACCCCCAAUGGGGAUUCCUACUCUUCCUCCGGGAAUACCUCCUCCACAAUUUCCAGGAUUCCCUCCACCUCCUGGAACUCCAAUGAUACCCGUACCAAUGAGUUUAAUGGCUCCAGGACCAACUGUUUUACUACCUACAGUAUCUAUGGUUGGAAAACAUCUUGGGCCUCGGAAGGAUUUGAUGGGUCUUAAGAACAAAGAAAAUGAUGAGAACAGCGGACCAACAACUACUGUUUUUGUUGGGAACAUUUCUGAGAAAGCCUCGGAUAUGCUCAUCAGACAACUUUUAGCAAAAUGUGGCUUGGUUUUAAGCUGGAAACGUGUGCAAGGAGCAUCUGGGAAGCUUCAAGCUUUUGGGUUUUGUGAGUAUAAGGAACCUGAAUCCACUCUUCGAGCUUUGCGUUUGCUUCAUGACCUGCAGAUCGGGGAGAAGAAGCUUCUUGUGAAAGUUGAUGCUAAGACAAAAGCCCAACUGGAUGAGUGGAAAGCAAGCAGGCGUGCGUCCAAUGGGACUGCCCGGUCUGAAUCAACAGCAGAAGACGAUGAUGACCUUGAUGAGGAAACAAAAAGACGGGAUGGAGUCAUUAAAGGAGCAAUCGAUCUCUUAAUAAAAGAGUAUUCCAGUGAGUUAAAUGCUCCUUCUCUGGAUGUAGACUCGCAUCCUAAAAAGAAAAGAAAGGAUAAGAAAGAAGAAAUAUCUGUGGGGGGAGCCAUCUCUCUCCUGUCGACAGUCCUGGAUGACUCCUGGAAAAGGGGUUAUCAGCAAGAAGACAUAAAUGCAAUAGAAAUGGAGGAAGAUAAGAGAGACCUUAUAUCUCGUGAAAUCAGUAAAUUCAGAGACACACACAAGAAACUUGAGGAAGAAAAGGGCAAAAAA